UUUAUCACAACACAGAGUAUGAGUAGGUUUGACAAAGAUCAUUCUGGCUGGUUAACAUUUAAUAAAUGUGGUGCAAAAAUGAAUACAUCAAGGGGGCUGUUCUUUAAAAGCUGGUCAUCUGAUGUUCAGUUAGAUGGUAAAACAGCUAUAGUGACUGGAGCGAACACUGGCAUUGGGAAAGAAACAGCCAAAGACCUCGCAAAACGGGGUGCACGAGUGAUCCUGGCCUGCAGAGACAUGGUUAAAGCUGAACAAGCAGCAUGUGACAUCCUCAGAGAGGUGGAGAAUGCCAUUGUGGUUACUUGUAAACUGGACCUGGCUGACACCAAAUCUAUUUGUGACUUUGCCCAGCUGAUUUACAACACCGAAAAAUCUCUUAAUUUGUUGAUUAAUAAUGCCGGAGUGGCAAUCUGCCCAUAUUCCACAACAGCAGAUGGCUUUGAGAUGCAGUUCGGAGUCAAUCAUUUAGGACAUUUCUUUCUCACGUUCCUCCUUAUGGAUCUGUUGAAGCAUUCAGCUCCUUCUAAAGUGAUUAAUGUCUCCUCAUUGGCUCACUCCAUGGGAAAGAUCAACUUUGAGGAUCUGAACAGUGAGAAGAGCUAUCAUCCCGUGAAGGCCUACGUACAGAGCAAACUGGCCAAUGUACUCUUCACACGAGAGCUUGCCGCAAAAGUGGAAGAGAUAGGGGUGAGUGUUUACGCCGUGAACCCAGGUGUAGUGAAGACAGAUCUCGUGCGGCAUAUGAAAAAGGCUCUUCAGUUCUUUGUCAAGACAUUUGGCUUACUGAUAAAAACCCCCGCAGAGGGUGCGUAUACCACCCUGUAUUGUGCUCUUACCCCUGGCCUACCCAGUGGAGCCUACUACAGUGACUGUGCUGUGGCGCUAUGCUCCAGGGCCGCUAAUGAUAACAACACUGCAAGCAGAUUGUGGGCUGCCAGUUGCCACCUGCUGGGCAUUCGCUGGAGAUGAAAGAGCUUCCACC